GUUUUGUGCCGAUUUGCAACAAUUCCAAACAACAAAGGAGUCAGCUAAAAAAUCCACGGAUAAGGAGAAAUCGGAGCGUGGUAGCGCUAAGCCGAAAAAGAAACGAAAAUGAAAAGCUAAAUGUUGCCUAUAAUUCUGAAAUGUUCGAAAGCCGGUGAAGCCGAACGGCCACUUUGGUGACGCAUUGUGAAAUGUGCCAACAACAACAAACAUGAUGUGUCUUGAUUUACUGAUCUUCUCCACGGCCAACUCACAACGAUCAGCAAACGAGGCGAACGACGCAACAGCAACGGAGGGUGUGGAAGUAGCUGCGGCUGCAGAGUCAACAACAACACCAACAAUAACAACAACAAUAGCAAUUGACAAAAUGACAACUGAGGGCAAACAAAGCGUGCAAACCGCAAACGAAUUACAACAAAAGCAGCAACUAAUUGUUGGCAACUUACCAACAACAGUCGUCAACAAUAACAAUAGCAACAACAAAAGUGCAACCAGGCAACCAAGCGCCAAAACGGCAGUAAGCGACUGCGCGCAGGGCCAAGCAACGCUGCGCUUUGUUGAUGACAAUAACCAAAGUCAAAGCGACAAGCACAAUGCCAACAGCGCGAAUGGGAGCAACAGCGGAAGUGCUUGCGGUGCCAGUAGGAAUACGGCAAUAGCAAUAAAUGAUAGCCGUUGUUGUUGUUGUUGGCCAAUUGUUAGCAGUUGCAGCGGCAGCGGUUGCGGUGGCCACGGCAGCGAAAUGGCAAUGCAUCAGUGCACAACGCUGGCAGAGAUAGCGUUGGAAGCACCAACAGCAAUAACAACAAAAGCGAUGGCAUUUGAGGCAAUUGUAUGCAACGCCGGGGAGGAAUGCGUUGAGGCUGAAAUUUCAAUGCACACGCGGGACGCACGGGCACUGACAGGCGACAAAGCGGGAACGACAAAUACGAAAGAUAUUAAUAACACACCAACAACAACAACAGCAGCAACAACAUCAGCAACAGCAGUGCCACUUGUGCAACGCUUGGCGUUAACAUGUCCGGAAACGCCAACGAGUACAGUGCCUGCAACAGCCGCUUUAACAUUUGGGUGGUUGGAGGCGGCGCUGCCACGACAUAACGGUGGUAUGGAGAGUAAACACGACGCCACACAGCAGCGCACAGGUGGGAGAGCAGGAGCAUGCGCUGUGACAGCAGCGCCAGCGACAUUGACAGCAACAAUGCCUCUGACGAGUGCGACUUAUGCUCUUGCCAGAACAACAACAACGACACAGCGUUACAGCACUGACCAGAACACAGUGAACGGCAGUCACACUCAGCAGCCGAACUUUGACGUUGUCAGUGUCAGUGGCUGUGACAGCAGUAUACAGCAAAGUGACUCGAGCGACUUGCUCGCGGCGGUAAGGGACGUGACGAAAUCAACUUCGUCAUCGAUCGAAAACUGUUCACCACAACGAGUAACGAUUACGUGCACGAAGGACCAAGGCAGUACGUGUGUGGCGCCAACGAAUGCGUUACUCCCCACUGUGAACCGCACAUUCCAACAGGCUGAGGACGUGACAGCAGCAAGGAGCAGCGUCACAAAAUCCUUAACACAACAACAAAUCAAUAGGCAGAACGCUAGCUACAGCAGCAGAGACUGUAGCAGAGACGGCAGCGCCAAUAGGCGAACUAGUGAAAGCAGCUCUGAUGACAGUGUGGUGAAUGUGGCAGCACAUAGCAUAGUGAGCUUGGCCAGCGACGGCAAGCACGACGAGGACAACGACAUACGAGUACGACGUGUGGCUGGAGCAGCAGCAGCUGAAAAAGCUGUAGCAGCUGAGUUGAAAAAUUCUUUAAAUUUGAGGAAAAAUUGGGAAUUAGUGAAAAAUUGCAAAUUAACAAAUGCCAAUGAGCAGCAAGUGUGCGCGUUAGUGUAUAACGGUGUAGCAGUGAAUUGUGAAAAUAAUCGCUGGUGUAGUGAAAUUCAUGCCAAAGGCAGUGUUGAUAACAAAUAUUUAUGUAAUUUAAAUGAAUCGAAUGAGUGGUGUAUCUGUGAAGCGAAUUCGUUGAGGGGCCAACGAAGCUGUGUUGGUGGGGCCAGCCGAGCGGAGGGUGGCGUACAAAACGACGGCACAGCUACUGUGCGCAGCACUAACGGUACCAGCACAGUCUGCCACAGCAACUGCAGCAGUGCCAUAGGUAGUAGUCGUCGUCGUAGUGGUGCCAAUGUCGAUACCAUAAAGGCCAUUCAUGAAAACAUUGUCGAAGUUGAAAGUAAUUGCUGUCAAAAUCGGGUUGAACGCCGAGAAGUUAAAAAUCGGUGGUGUUGUGUGGCAGUGCAGGGAGUUGAAAACAAGACUGAAUUAGAACCGAUUAAAGAAAGCUUUGGAAUACUGAAAAACUGCAACUUCAUUGAAGAAACAGUAGCAGCAGCAGCAGAAGCUACAGCUGAGGAGCCUUCUGUAUACGACGUCGCUGGACGCCACAGGAACUUCAAUACCGACAGGGUGGAUGAGGCUGAAAAUUUUGAGGAAUACUUUUCAUGCGAAUUGUCUACACUCGUUGAGUCAAAGGCACAGCAACAAAUAGCGAACGAAAAAGGCAAUGAAGAAAGUGUGGUGAGUGUUAAUAAAAGCAGAGCGAUUAGUGAAAAGCCAAAGCGAAAGCAAACGAAACAAACACAAAGCAAAGAAGUGAAAGAAACCAAAGAAAGCAAAGAAAGCAAAGAAAGUGUAGAGAAAAUACAUGAAAAAUGUCAGAAAGAAGAAUGCGUGAUUUGCGCAAAUCAAACUAAACAAAUAUUAUGCCAGCGAGCUGCUGACAAAGGAUACUGUCAUACACAUAACAACAAGAACAACAACAACAACAGCAACAACAGUGGAUUAGACACUGCUUACGAUUCAACGAAUACGCAACGAGCGCAACGAAUACAUAAUUCGCAACAGAACUUCAAAUUUAUCACUGCGAGCAGCGACGACGACCACGACCAGCGCCAUCAACAGUCUGAACAGUCAGAACAACAGUUUGAACAGCCUGAAUGCGAGACGGCCAAUGUUGCGCUCAUUGAAUACACCAACAACAACAACAACGAAUUAUUAGUAUAUAAAGUGAAUAAUGCCUUACGGGAGCGGGGUAUAACAGAGGAAACCUUAGUGAGGCCACAGCUUACAAGUGGAAGUGUACGGCUGCAGAGUGAGGUAGCGUCGUGCGACGGGCGAACGCAAACCCACGAACAAUACGAACAGCAGACCGAAGAGCCGAAGAAAGACCAACAACCAAAGGGGGGGACUGACGAACCGUCACAGGCACAAGUAGCGCCAGCGUGCACCCAUAACUGUGAAGUUAUUAAUGAAAGACGAGAGACGGUCGUCCAUACCAAGAACAACAACCCUUCUGUGUACACCACUGCUGUAAUUAGCAACCCAAUUGGGGCAGCGUCGGUGGGUGGUGAACCCCUACAAGCGACAACGCCGCAGAUAAGGCAGAGUUAUCACAAAGCGAGCGAAGAAACCAAACGAAGCGAUAAAAGUGAGGCGGAGGUGCAAAGUGAAAAGUGUGAGAAGGAAAAAGAAAAACACACAGCGGACUGUUUGAAGUGUGCAAUUUUUGCAAGUGGUGGACGCAACACUAAACGCGACGCGCCAUCAGAAAGUGCAAGUAAUGCACAAGAUAAGUGGCCAAAAGGACGCACUAACAACAACAGUACACAAGCAGCCGAGUCACAAGUGGCUAAUGUUGCCAUAGAAGCCAGCGCCGAGGAUGCGAAAGUGUUUAAAGAGGCGAGAACGAUCAACACGCACUCAGCUUGCUUAGCUUUCCUAGCUAAUCUGCCACUAAGCGAAAGUGCCACACAACGGUUGGGGUGCUGCGACAAUUUAGUUCAAGUUGCUGCACGGCAAACUAUUGACGACAAAGCGGGUACUGAAGCUGUGCAAAUUCCCUGCUUGCAGACCGACUUUAGUGCGGAACAAAGCACGAGUGCGGCGCUACAAGCUGAGGCACAAAUAUUUAGGCUAGCUGCUGAAAAAUAUGGGGAACAACACAUUCCAGUAAAGCAACAGCAAGACAAUGCAAAGUUAAGUGAGGCAGAUAAACUACUUGUGCAUAGACAAAACACAGCCGAAGCGAGCUCCGCGUACGACGUCAACAGCGAUAAAACAUACGUCCCACAGACAAGUCACAAGGGAGCACUCACACCCCCAUUCGGUGGUAGCGAUGAGUUCGCAGCUAGUCAACGUCUGCAACGCUUGCAACAGCAUUUUCGUGGAUUGAUAUGCGUGACACGCAAUCAUUCGAAAGCAGAAGAAACUCCACACGAGUACGACGCAGUGAUAACGGCAGGUGUGGACGCGCAGAAAUUGCAGAGUAUACAAAAAAGUGGUGACGACGACGACAAUCACAACAAGGACGACGAGGACGAACGUGCCGUGUGUGUGUUUGUGCCACAAGCAGACACCGAGUUGGUAGAAGCCUUGAAACGCAACAGCGAAGGCAAAAUAGACGAAGGUAAUAAUAAGCACAAAGGUUUAUUGGGAGACGCGACGACAACGACGCGGCAGUGUGCUGCCAGACAGGCGACGACGAAGCCACUAACGAAGGAAAUUCCAAAUGACAACAACAAUAGCGUAUGCGAAGCACUAGUGGUUAAGGCAACGACGACACCAGCAAGCACAGCAAAAAUCAUAACAACAACACUUGCGGUUGGACAAAUUGCAGCAGGAACGAAGAAACGGUAUUGUGUUGGCGCAGUAAGGUCGCCUGCGUUUGUAACGGCAAACGGAAAAGUUGCAGGCAUUGAAAAGCCAAGUGCAAUCCAAUUAACAGCAACUCAUUGCAACAACAGUAACAACAGCAACACUGCUGGUGACGUUACAUUAGCAGACAACAACAACAAUAAUCAAGCGCAUAAAAGUAAUUGCAAUCAACACAAUAAUAUUGCGGAGAUUAGCAACACUUUUGUAAAUUACAACAGCAACGAGUGCGCAGCAGCCACAGCGCACACACGCAAAGAGUGCCGAAAGAGUAACGAGCGAGAGCCGACAGCCGCCGCGCCGUUAGAGCAGACGGAGACGGAAGUUGAGCAAAUAGCUGUACUCGCUAGCACACAACGAGUAGGUGCACUUGACUCGCUGCCAGCGUCGAGUGUUGGUGACAGACCGACGACGGCAGAGAGCGAUACAACCCCAACUGAGGUAAAAACAAGUGGAGAGGGGACGACGGUGACAGUAGUGGUUGCGGCGAGUAGCGAAAGAGCCACCCCAACGCAGACAACAAAAGCGUGUGUGGCGAAUGCCAACAGUGUUGAGGCAACAACAACAACAAUAAGUGGUGCGGUGGAAACAAACAAUAACAAAAAUCGCGUGCCAAUAGUUGAAAGCGCGUCUGCGAGCCAUAAACAAGUUGACACAACAGAUGCGACUGUUGGCGGAGCGUCACGCGAAACUGCAUUGACCAGCGCAACAAACGCAACCGCAACGACAACAAAUGCAAUUACAACAACAAAAACUGUGAACACUAUAACUAACUCAAAUUGGAGUGAGACGCCUUUGAACCCAACGAAAACCACAACAUUUACGGACCAACAUUUCCGAACACCAAGUACCCCUUCACCAUUAGCAGCAACAGCAACAAGAUCACGCACACCAACACCAUCACCACCACCACGACCGCCACCGCCGAAAGCGGCUUUGAAUUUUGGUCGGUUAAGCGCAUUCGUUGCCACAAAACCCACAAAUCAGCAGCAUUUUCCAGCGACACCGGGACCACUUUUAUACAACAACACCCGCAACUGCGAUAAUUUCGAAUACUACCUACCGACCAUCAGACAGCCCGCCACCACCUAUCGGCCCAUAUACGCGCUGUAUCCGUUGGUGGGCCAUUCGCCGUCCGAGUUCGAUGCGCGCCGUUUGAGUGAUAUCAUCGGUGGCGUUGACGUUGGUUACGUAGCAACAACAGCAAUAGCAACAAGUACAUUGCCAUUGUCCGUUGGCGUGGACACAAAUCAAAAUCAAAAUCCGAAUUCGAAUUUCGUGCGCAACACAAAGAAGUGUGAGCUCAAUCGAAUCGUCGGAGGCCAAGGUAGCAACGACAGCGACAGCUGUGUCAUAUCGCCGUUGCGUCCGAACGCUGACAACGUAUUUGCAAAUUCUGUCGAUUUCGAGUGUUACGACGAAUUAUUCGACGAGGUGUCGUCCAUCGGUAUUGACGCGGAUGUGCAGCCGCCGAGUGCUGUGGUCAUUGUAAGUGCGGACGGUGAUACGAAUUUAAUUUGUGAUUGUGUGCAAUGUGUGCUCGAGCAAAAUGAAAAUAAUUUAUUAAAAACCAAUAACAACAACAACGACAACAGCGAUAGUAGUGUAAAUAAUUUGUCAGUGAACAGUGAAAGCAAUUACGCGUAUUUAAACCGAAGUGAAUCGUGCGCUGCAGACGUGACAGCACGUCCCGAAAUUUGUGCGAGCAAAGCUCAUUCGAGUGCAACAACAACAAAACAAACAAAUAACAACCAGAACCACAACCAAAGUAAAUACCAAAGCUUUAACAUCGACACCAACAAAAUGCGUGAAGUUAACGGUCAGUUGCGCGGUCUGCUCAAAAAACCGAAUCGUCCGCCGCCGGCGCGCAAGAAUCGUGUCGUCUUCGAUGAGACACGCAAUGAGUUCUUCGAAGCGGAUUAUAUUAUUUUAAUACGUGAGGAUUGCGCCUACGACGAGGAGGACGAGGAGCCGUGCACAUGCGGUGAGCACGAAUUGGUGCGUCUUUGCUGCGAGGAGGGCUGUCAGUGUAAUUACUCGGCCGUGGGUGCGACCGUUGGCAGCGGAGGUGGUGGCGCUGUCACCGGGCCAGGCGAUGAUACGCGCACGCCGCAGAGUCCCAAAUAUGCGCCACCCAUUGAGUUCGUUGACGAGGCCGCACUGAGUCCACCCGACGGCUACAAGGACAAUGGCUUGAAGAAUACGCUUGGCGGCGCGCUAAGCGGUCACAUCUUCGGCGCACAGCACAUUCAACAGCUGCAGGUCAUACAGAGAUUGCAGCAGCAACGCGCCGCCAUGUUGGCUGCACGCAACAACAACCAAAUUCCACCACCACCGCCGCCAGUGGGCAGCGCUGCGCUCAACCAGCAUCACCAACAUCAGCAGCAAGCGCAGCAGCAGCAACAACAACAACAGCAACAAAUAGCACAGCAAGCGCAACAACUCCACCAACAACAACAGCAGCAGCAGCAACAACAUCACCAACCGACGGCACAACAUUCGCCUGACGACGAUUCGCUUGGCGUUUGCACCGAGUGCGCCGAAUGUGCCGAGUGUGCGGCCAAGCAGCUCCAGGAUACAGAAUGCACUUCACCACAAUGCCAAGAGGAGCUCACCCCACUCGGCGUGUCGGCCGUUGCACUGUUGCCAUUACACACCAGCUCACCCGAACGUCGCAUCACACAGAAAGAAAUCAUCGCCGGCGAAGAGCGUCCCAAAUACGUUCUACAAUCGCAGUAUAAACCAUCGCCAGUAACAGAGCGGCGUAUCGUGCGUGAGGCCAGCGAGGAUGUAACGGGCGGCGCUGAUCUCUUGCCACCAGCAUUACCGGCGAAGCCCGGUGCCAUAGUGGCGGCCACUACCGGUCAACCGAUGCCGCCAACACAACAGCAGCAGCAGCAACAGCAACCACAACAACCGCCCAUUGUGGCCGGUGAGGUGUACGAUGUGGAGAAACCGCCACCCAUACCACCAAAGGAGUCGUCGCCCACACAGAUUAGCGGUAUUCUGAAGGGUGGCAAAUUGUGGAAACAGGACUCAAUGUCGCAGUCGGAUGACCAAAAUAAUACGACAUCUGAGGAUGAGGGUGGCCCUACAAAGCGUUCGGUACGCUUCGUCACUGAAGAUUUGGCCGUUGACGGUGAGGGUCAGACAACUGGCGACGCCGCUGAAGGGGAGAAUCAGAUAAACGAACUCAUACCGAUCAAGAAACAUUCCACAUUAUUCAACAACGCAUUACGUCCCAAUUCCGCCGUACGCCAGUUGUUCCCGAGCGUCGCUCACCAAACACCGGUGCUGACAUCGGAAGCAUUACGCGCGUUUGAUGAGUCCAAGCGUGCUGGUUGUUUGGUGCCAAAUCUACCCGGCUGUGGUGAUACGGAUACCAUAAGACGCAGCAUUGAGCGUAAUAUAUUGCGACGAUCGUUGAUCAAGAAAAAAGCUGUAAAGUCCGAUAUUUCACUCGAGGAACGCAUCAAACAGUUGACCUGUGACAUUGACGAAACGAAUGAGGAUAGCGCUGCAGAGAAUGGCGAUGAAGAGAGCUCGAAAUUGGCAGCGGAAGCAAAUUGUGAAUUGACACAUCGUGGCAGUCCCAUGGGAGAAGAGAAUCCACAGAAGUUUGCCAACGGCAAUAGCGAUAAGAGUUUCUCACCCAGUUCGUCUGUGUCGAGCUCGUCAAGCGGUUCAUCGGCCUACAAAAAGAUUUCCGAUAUAUUCAACCGCGACAAGAAGCAAGACAAAAUACUGGAGAUGGAAGAGAAUCCCAUAGUCAUUAUACCUCAGGAAUGCCGUUGUCCGGCCGCACCCGAUCUUGGUAUGGGCAUACAAGUCCCCGUUGUACAUACCCAAAUACAUCGCACACCACCACGUCAAGUGGAGCCGAAACGCCAAUUCCUCUCCACCCUGGCACCGUUGACCGCUUGUGUGGCUGGCAACAAGGAUGACCUCUCUUCCUACUACACUCUGGCUGCGGCCCAUCACAGUGGUCAUGCGGUCAAUAAUGCACAAUUCGCCGAAUUCAAUUUGGCCGGCGCCAAUUUAUGUGAACAAGUGGGCAUAACACCGGCUGGUGUUGGCGUUGGCGGUCCCGAUGAGGUACGCAAGGUGGCACCCGAUGUCAUUGCCGGCACACCGGGACAAGAGCAGCAAGAUGAAUUGGCCGCAUUUGCACAGCAGGAGGCCAACCGUACGGAGAAGAUUAAGAAGCGCUACACCAACGAGAACUCCAACAAUAGCUCUGAUGAUGAUGAGCAAAACGAUUAUGGCUUUAAUAAGCGUCCAUCGGUGCGUGGCAUCAAACCGAAAUUCAGCUCCACCAAUGAGAUUUUGCAACAAAUGCAAGAGCAAUUGAAUCAGCAGAUGCCCAGUGUCGCAGUGGGACAGCCCAUCAACCAGGCAAUCAAGAGCUACACGCUGCCAAAGCAGUCCUCCACCAGUUCCAUGUCUAAGCAGAUCUCACAGAAUCCAUCUCCACAAAAUGUGCCACAUCCUGUUAAUGUUGUGCAACAACAGCAGCAGCAACAGCAACAACAACAACAACAGCUACAACAACAACAAAACCAGCAACAGCAAACACAACAGCCACAACCGCCUUCCCAGGUGAUGGUGGGACAACAACAACAGCAACAGCAGCAACAACAACAACAACAGCAAACACAAGCAGUCCAAAUGCAGGCCAACACAAUCGCCCAACAACAAACCGAACAACGCACCUGGAGCUUCUACACCGAAGGCGGUGCUGGCGAGCAACAACGUUUGCCCAUCGAAGGCGCCGGCAUGCAACAGGCAUACUACCAAACACUACCAGGCGGCGCCAUGUUCCGCCAAACGAUUAUGCAACAGGGCCAAGACGAGGCGGCCAUGAUGUACGCGGCGCAAAAUUGCCAAAGUGUCACCGCCAUCGAGCAGCAACACUACGGACACUAUGCACGCAGUCCGACACGACGUCCGGAGUCACCGCCACCGCUGCGUAAUUACCACCAGACAAUGGUGUUGAUCCCCUACAACGCACAGACGUACUCACAAUUCGCCGCCGCCAGCAAUAUGGACCAGAAAAUGGCGCACAUACAACGCCAAAACAUACUGGAAUACCAACAGGUGACCCAGCAGACCAUACGCGUCCCCAUCGGCUAUGCGCUGCCCGGCAUGCAAUUGCACGUGAUGGCCGGACGCGGUCACGCCGCACACUAUGCGCAGCAACACGCGCAACAAGCGGUGGGCGUUGAGGCAGCCACUGCUGCAGCAGCCGCCGCCGCCGCGCAUCCGCAUCAACAUCAGCAUCCACCGCAUCCGCGCAUCAUGGCGCAGCGCUAUCAGUUCGCGCAGGAGGGCAACAUACCGGGUUUCAGUGAGCGUGGUGUGCCGGAAGGCGCGGCUGCGGUGUCGCAUACCGAUUGUCACAGCAUGGUGUCGCCGACCGCUAGUCAGGCAACCACAGUGCAACAACAAAUGCAACAACAACUGCAGCAGCAACAACAAUUACAACAGCAGAUGCAACAACAACACCAGCAGCAGCAGCAGCAACAGCAACCAGCACCACCGAAUGCGGUACAACAACAACAAAGUGCCGCAGCAGCCGCCGCCGCCGCCGCCGCCGCCGCUCAAGGUUCCGUCUAUUAUGCAAUGAAUGUAUGACCCGCGGCCGAUUAGUCGGCGCCAACGGCGGCGGUCAUUGUGGAGCGCCGUCAGUGUCAACGCGUCGAAAUGUCGUCGGUACAGCUGAGCACACGGUAAACUGCAAUGGCGGGCCAAUGUGUAAUUGUAAUAACGGUAAAAAGUACGGGUAAUUGUUGGCGCCACACACACACUGACACACUCUUACACAAAUGUUUGGCUUAGAUGUGUGCAUUUGUGUGGGCGUACAUACAAUUCAGCGUGUUGAGGUUAUGUAUCUUAACUUUGUAAACAACAACAGCAACAGCAACGAGGGAAUUUAAUUAGAAAUGUAUUAGCGUUAUUAUAGUGUAUAGUGAAGUGAAGUGAAGUGAACAUUUAUGAAUGGAUUACAAGAAGACACACACACACACACUAGUGUAUAUGUCUGCAUAUAUGUGAGUACUUACUUUAAAUUUUAAAUAUAUAUAUAUAUGCAUGUGUAUGUGUAAUUAAACGAACGGCGGUACUGGUCAGCUGUUGAUGAACGUGUCAUAUUCCAUUAGAAAUGAAAGCUUCCAUUUAAAUAGCAAUUGUUGUUGGUGGCAAUUUUUUAGAAGUAAUUAAUAGCAGAAGGUUUUUUUAAAUGCUCAUACAGUGAAAUAACACUGUGCAACAACAUUUUUGAUUUUCGUUACAUACCAUUUUGAUCUUACAUAUUGAGCUUUUGUGUCAGCUCGAUUGAAGUUGAAAAUGAUUUUCAUAUUUUUAUGAUACUUAGUCUUAACCUUGUAUCGCCUUGUAUAUUGUGAUUUGUUGACCUAAUUGUGGAGAACUAUAAAUACAGAAACUUCAGCGAUGCAUAGGCAAUAGCAAUCUAAGGUUCAAAUGGAAUGUAUUAAAUUAUUUAUGCCCAAGAUGAGUUAAAGAAACGAGUGAAAUGGAUGUAAACUCUUCAUAUAUACCUUAAUAUUGGUCCACAAAACUGUAGCCCACACAUUCUUGGGCUUCAUAGGUUAUAUUUAUCGCAUAAAAGAGCUCGUUUUCACUUUUUCAUUAUUAGUGAGACGACUGUUUAUUGGAAAUCUUCAACAAUCCUGAUGUAUUUUAUUCACAGAACCCAAAUUUCAUUAAUAUGUAGGUAGCCCAUUAUGUAGACUUGGUUCAGAUGAUGGUUUCUUGUCUUAAAGUUAUGAGGAAAUAUUGGUUUUAAGCUUGUAUGUAUGUGAUUGGCGUUGCAACCGUUUAGCCGGUUAUAGCCGAAUCGACGAUAGUGCGCCACCCCUCUCUCUCCUUCGCAGUUCGGCGCCAGUUGGAGAUCCCAAGUGUAACCAGGUCGCUCUGCACCUGGUCCCUCCAACGGAGUGGAGGCCUUCCCCUUCCCCGGCU